AUCACAAAGAUCAUGGCGCGGAGAUCACAUGACCCUCCGAUGUGGCGUGCUGCUGCUCAAACGGCAGCGUUUAGCUCGCCAGCAAUCUGAAACAAGGGACAGUGAUUAGGUAUAUUUUAUUUGUUAGAGGCCGUAUUUUGGCCCGAAAUUCACCGUACCCAUGCUGUAAUUACCAAACUUCAAGAUGCCGGUGUUAGUUUUUCUCGUCGAUACCAGUGCUUCUAUGAAUCAGCGGACACAUUUGGGCACUACAAUGUUGGACAUUGCGAAAGGGGCCGUGGAAACGUUCAUGAAGGUUCGGAUGCGCGACCAAACAAGUAGAGGUGACCGCUACAUGCUCGUCACUUGUGAUGAACCAGGCACAAUAAAGGCUGGAUGGAAGGAUAACCAUGCAACCUUCAUGAAUGAAUUGAAGAACCUGGAAGCAAACAGUCUGUCAAAUAUUGGGCUUGCUCUUCGUAAGACCUUUGACCUUUUAAAUGUAAAUAGAUUGUACACAGGCAUCGACAACUAUGGUUUGGGACGUAACCCAUUCUACUUGGAGCCUGCAAUGAUUAUUGCAAUAACUGACGGCAGCUCUCUCACCUCCACCACUGGUGUACAUGAUGAGCUUCAGCUACCAAUGAGUUUCUCAAUUCCCGGUGGUGACUUAACAAAGGAACCUUUCCGUUGGGAUCAACGGUUGUUUGCACUUGUACUGCGUAUUCCUGGUGUAGAAAAGAUGGAGGCAGACAGACCAUCUGGAUCCAUGGUACUUGUAGACAACUCUCCGAUAACGUCCAUGUGUGACGUAACAGGGGGUCGUUCUUACACGGUAAAUUCGAUGAAGACGCUCUAUCAAUGUUUAGAGUCAUUAUCACAGAAAAUGCAGAGUGGUGUUGUUUUAAAUUUUGAAAAAAUUGGACCUGACCCUCAACCAAUUCAGGAAACAUAUAAAGCCACAGCAAUAACAGGGAAUGCAAAUUCCACAACUACCAAAUCACUACAGACACUAGAUGGCAACCAUAUGAAUGGGGUCAACCAAGAGAAUAAAGGUGACAACAAGAAACUUGGUGAUGAAGAUGGAGGGAAUGAAGUAGCAUCCUUAAACAUCAGUGCUCUGCCCGGAGCUACCCGUCCAGGAGGUCCAUCACCGAUCCCUGACAGCUCGUGGCAUAGCUGUCAUCGUAUGAUUUAUGUUCGUCCAAAUCCGAAGACUGGAUUCCCGUCUGGUCACUGGCCUGUGCCAGAAUCGUUUUGGCCAGACAUAAAUUCACCAAUGUUGCCACCUAGGGAUUCGCAUCCAGCUGUAAAAUUCUCCUGCGCCAGCUGUGAACCAAUGGUAGUUGAUAAUAUGCCAUUUGAUAAAUAUGAACUGGAACCUUCACCUUUAACCCAGAACAUAUUAGAACGAAGAAAUCACAAUAUAUGUUGGCAGGUAUUUAUUGAAAACAGUGGAAAGAACAGUGAGUUAGGUCACCCAUUUGGUUACCUGAAGGCAAGUACUAACCUAGCCCAUGUGAACCUGUUUAUCAUGCCGUACAAUUAUCCAGUUCUUCUUCCGUUACUUGAUGACCUUAUUAAAGUGCACAAAAUGAAGCCUACACCCAAAUGGAGGAUGAGUUUUGAUGCUUAUCUCAGGGAGGUUCCCAGCUACUAUUUAGGGCCUAUGAGAACAGCAUUACGAAGACUGGGUACACCAAACUUGAUCCCGGAUAACGUUGAAAACUGUCUAAGCUACAGCGUUGUAAACUACAUGAAAAAAUUAAAACAGCAGUCCAAAAUUGAGGCUGAGAGAAUGGCCUCACUUAUACCGAAGAAGAGAUCCCACAGAGAUCUCAGUAUUAAAGUCUUACAAAGAUCACAAAUGCCUUCAUUAGCUGUUCGGAAGGAUUUUCAGCAACUUCUUCAGAGUAUAACAGGCGAAACGGUGACAUCAAGGCCUGAUAACAACAUCUCUUUAUUCCACAAUUUCUCUUUUGCGGCGCCAAUACAUAAGACCGUGAAACAGCAAGUCUAUCACAAUCCAUUUGAUAUCCCACGUAAAGAUCUUGUUGAACAACUUCAGCGGAUGCGAAAAAACCUGAUGAGAGUGGCAGCCACGGGUAUUAAACACACAGAAAGUGACCAACUUCAUGACAUCCCAAUAGCGGAGAUGGGCAACUACCAGGACUACCUGAAGAGGAUGCAGACUCCACUACGGGAAGCAGAUCCUCCUCCAGCACGUUUACAUAUGUUUGGAAAUCCAUUCAAGUUGGCUUCGGAAAAGGACAAGAAAAUGAUGGUUGAUGAAGCAGACCUAAACGACACAAUGACGGCACCACAACAAAGGAACAAGCGAUCCAUUGACACUCCACCGACUUCACCAGCAGCUAAAAGAAUGCGUCCAUCCACACCGUCACCACCAAGUCGUCGACCAAACUCACCAGCCAUGUUGGGCAGUGUACAAGGAGGAAUUCUUAAAAAACCCUACUUAGAGUUAGUGCAAAGACGGGAAAAGAAACCAACUGUUGACCAGAAUAGUCAGGGUAAGCCACCACCAAUAGCAGAUGAUAAACCACCAGAUGUAAUUCUCAUAAAACCUGAACCUCUUCCUGCAUCCUCAAUCAACAAUACUAUCGAUACCAUCCAAAUGCUCGAAGACAAAGAGAUGAUGUCACUUAAUCAUAAUGAACUUAAUUCAGAGCAAGUUGUUAAUAAUAACACUCAACGAAGGCCGAUAAAUAACCUGGAACAUCAAAAGAGGGCGAUAUGUGGAGAACCUAAAGCAAUCAUUAGUCGGGCUGCAAUCAACGAAAUUAAUAAAACCUUAAAACAGGCAAUAGUCAAAGAAAUUAGAAAACCAGGACGGGAUUAUAGCAAAAUAUUUGAGAAUCUAAAUAACAUCCAAGGUGACCUUGAUACCAAAUACUUGUUUAUUAAUAACAUCAUUAGGGAAGCUGGUCGAUUCAAGAAGAGGCGGCUCAUAGAAAUGCUGAUCAAGUUCCAGAAAUCUGUUGUGGAACACGAAGAAAACUUAAAUAAACAGCGCAAUAAUAAUAUGAAUAACCAUGUGAAGAAGAAUUUGGCAAAAAGGUAGCACCUUUUGUAUUGUGGCAAUUCAAAGACAAUUUUAUUGAGGAUUUCGAAUACAACAUGUGUUUCAACAGGAAAUUGUUUCAUUAGAAAAAUCUUUUGGAGACACUGACAAUAUGAAUUAUUGAUUGAUGGGUAUUGUGGUGGGAGAUACUUUUUAAGUUGUAAUAUUGUAGACUUCAAUGCAACCAAUGAUUCGAUAUUACAGGUUUUAAGGCAGCAGAUUGUUUUGGUUAAAGUGCUUUUCAACAGAAUGUUCCAACCUUCUGAAGCAACAUAGUGAGGCAACAACACUAAAAAACUAGUUCUCGUAAUCUUGCAAGCUCCAAUGAUUGCAGUAUAAUAGAGGCUGUAGCAGAGCCGUAGAUAGAGUUUGACCAACUCGGUUUCACAGAAUUCUGCUAUACGCGCGUGUGAUUGGGUGGAUCGCAAUCACAUGACUUACACCGGCCAUGUUGUCACCAAAACCAAACAUUGACGAACCACAAACUAACAUGAUAGGAUAUAUUAAAAUCCCAUAAUUGAAUUGUCUUCAUGAACAGAAUAAUAAAAGAAAGUUUAUGCAGCAUCAGUGUUAUAAAGCUAAUACGCACGCUGUUUGGUAACAAGAUGGCGCCAUGCACCAAGUUGGCCAAACUCUCCCUAUCUACGGCUCUGGGCAGUAGAGUAUAUUGGCCCUAACGGCUGCCCAUACAAAAAAGAUCUAUUAAUCAAUCAGCCGAGUAUCUAUUAAUCGAUCAGCCGAGUGUUUCUAGAGCUCAUCGGAGCUAAAAACAAAAAAGCAUGAUACUGUGGACAAAGCAUAGGGUGGUCCUCUCUUUACUACAGUACUGGUAGUGCUGGGUAACGAAUUAGAGGCCCUCUAUUGCAAUGGCAGUGCAUGAGAGGUUCAAUAAUAUCUUUCUAGAAACUGCUCAUGCCUACUGUAGCCCAUGCGCUACAUUACAAAUCGCCCUAUUCAAGACGUAGUUAUGAUCCCUCCAAAGCAAUUGGAAUGAGCAUGUUAUACUUGAGAUUAACACAUAAAGCUUGGCACAGACUACAUGUUGUUGGUUGACGCAGUUUUUUGAAGAAUGUAGCACGCACAAUGAAUCAUUUUUUAAUGACUAUCUGCUCAUUCUGUCAUCAGCAAUCAGCAGACAGCUUCUGGUUGGAGAAAGCUCAUGGGGAUUUCCGAUUGAAGAUGUAUUUUAUCUUAAACCGUCGUAUGAAUCAGUUUAUGUCCAGCUUUAGGCUUGGGGUAGCAUGGUUAACUCCUCCUAUUUUUCUUUCCAAAGAGGAGUGUGUCUCAUACCCUAUUCAGCCUACACUCUUGUGUGAAUUGCUGCGAUGUAAUCCAAAACUGGUUAAUCCCAAUCGUAAUCAAUGAGCGUAUUCAGACCAAUGCAAAAAACAUCACAUUUUAGGGCUGGUAUACAAACAGUGCCUGUGGAAUUCGUUGUGAUUUGUUGCAAUUGGAUCCCAUGGUAAUCGGGAGUAAUAAAGAUUGGAGUACCCAAUCGCAACGGGUAACAAUUGCGAUAUCGAUUACUAUCGGUGAGCUUUCACAUAUGAUUGUGAUUGGUUGUCACAAUUGCUACAACCAAUUGCAAUGUGAUGACAGUCUGAAUAGGGUAUUAGUUUAUUCCUGUUACACCCUGCAUUUAAGUUUUGUUUACAUGCAACACUCUAGCCAAUUGCACACUACCUCAGUGACUGUGGCAAUUUUGUUAUCAAUUUGCUAUCAUAUAAAUACAAAAAAAAAAGGAAGUACAGAAACUUGAUUGUUACCAGUAUUAAAACAGGAGAGGGUUUAAGUUUUUAAGCCCUGUCCUGACUAACAAGUUUUAUUUGAUGAAAACAUAUGACAUGCCUAUAUAUGGUCACGAUGACAUCACAUCAUGACCAUAUAUAGGCACAUCAUGGCUAUAUGUAUAUGGGCAUACAACAUUUUUUAUCAAAGAAAAUUUGAUAGAUCAGACAGAGCUAUAGUAAUGUAAGAUGUGCAGACUCAAGGAUAUAUUUUGGUUAGUUUGAAGUUAAUAUCAGGGAGAUCUUCCUAAUGGUAUAAGAUAAAAAGUAUAUGACAUGUGCAGGUUGACAAUUUCAAGGAGAAAUUUAUAUUUCAAUGGAUUAGAUGCUGGACAUCCUAAUAAGAUACAUGAACAUAUUGGUACAGUAGUAUCUGGAUAUUCUUUUCCCAAUUAUCUUUGAUAUGUUGUUUAAAGCCAAGCUCCGGAUAACAAAAAUGUUUGAUAUGGUGUACUGAUUUUUCUAAGGGUACUUGAUAAAAAAAAACUUAGGAAAUAUUAUAAUGGCAUACAAAUUUUUGAAUAUUUAAAAACAGGGGGAGGGGCGUGGAAAAUGUUGCUUAUGCCCCUUUUCUCCUCAGUUUUUAAAUAUUCAAAAAUGUGUAUCUCAAUAACCGUUACCAAUUUUUUGCUUCAAAUACCCAUUUUUGUGUCUUAAAAAAAAUCAGUUGUACUACAUAUCAAAAAAAUGUUUUUCCUCCAGAGCCUGACAUUAAGGGGAAGUGGAUUGCCUGAAAGAGAUGGGUUGUUGAAAUUUAUUUUUAUAUUUUGCGCUACCAACAUUCCACACUGUUUCACCAGUAUAAUAUGGAGAGCUGUGUCAAUUAGUUUUUCAACUGUUGUAAUUGGUGUUUUUUUUUUUCCAGUGUUACAACAAGGAUAAUUGUUUUCCUGACAAAAUUGAUCUCCGAAAUUGUGAAUUUUUUUUUUUUCAAUUGAUAUGGUAUUGCAACAGAGGCAGUUUCUUUCCAAACAAUUGGUUCCCAAAUAGAAGUAGUUUUUCCCCAAUUCGUAUAAUUAGACCCAACUUCCUUUAUGCCAAAAUUGUUUUGAAAAAAAAAUAUUUAUCCUAAGAGUGCCCUCAUUGUUAAUGUUGUGUUUAAUUUAUAUAGUGUCUAAUAGAAACGAUGAAUUUUAACCAAAUUAAAAGGUUUCAAAACUUAUUGAUUGUGUUGUUGUCAAUUCAAUGUUAAUGUUUUCGUCGAAUUUGUUAGAUCAAAUCUUAAAAAUCUAUGCCAUAAAUCGUUGAUAUGUUUGCCUUGUAAAGGUAACAAAUCACCAGAUUUAGAAUGAAUAUUAUAAACUGAUGGUAGAAUGAGCAAAAAUGAGUUUUAAUUCAUAAUCUUCAAAUAUGUCUUAAUUUGUGAAUUGUUUAAAUGAUGAAUGAUGAAUUUCACUACUACGAUAACCAUGAGGCAAAAUUACACAAUUUUCAGGUUUCCACAGUAAACUUUAUCUUUGCUGAUCUUUUUAAUGAUAUUCCACAGACAUGUCCAAUUCCAGCAGUACACUAACUUGGACAUAGUUUUAUUGUAUAAUCAAAUGAUAUUGUCACCCUUAAACCAAUUGUACUUUUGUAACUAGUCAGAAUUUUGAAUUUGCAAAUUUAUUGUUCAAGACAAGUCACCAUUGCAAAGUGACAUAAUUUAUUAGGUAUAUUAUGAAAUGGUUGGACAAAGUCUGAAAUUUUUUUAAAAAUAAUUGUUUUCACUGAGGUCUUCUAUCUUGAUAUGUUCGAUCAUCAGAAGUAAUGUAAUGAAAUCAUCGCUUUUUUUUAAAUGCAUUGUUUUGUCAGAAGUAAAGUUGAAGAAUCGUAAUCAACGAUAUCCGUCGAGGUUUGUUUACAAACCUCAUGAAUAGUUAGCCUGAUAUCCAUUGUAAACAAAGACGAUGAUGACAUCCUUAUUCCUAAACAAUUUCAUCUGGUUCCAAUACAGCAAAAAUUAAUAUGACAUGAUUAUUGUAUUAUGAAAUGCAAAAUUUGAUGCUACAAAAUAUCAGCAAUUUUCAACUGCAAUUGGAAAAGCCUAUUACAUUUCUCUGAUCUGUCCUCUCUGCACUACCAAAUUUGAAUUGACAAAAACAUGCGACAUGUCUAAAUAUGGUCAUAAAGACAUCACAUCAUGCCCUUAUAUAGUUUUGAAUUUGAUAGUGUGGACAGAACAUAUGAUAGGCUCUAAUUAUGUUAAGUGUCUAAACCCUCACACGAAUAAAUAUGUUGUCAAAAAAAUAUGCCAGUGGAGUUUUAGUAGAGUACAAAUUUUGGAAUGAUUUAAACCCAACAACGUUUUCUUUAAUCUAUUGUGCCAAAACUUUUACUAGCAUCUAUGAGCUACUUUAUGGUAGUUCAUGAAUCUUUUAUGUACAUCCGGGUCAGUUUUCUCUAGUAAAUUGGGAAGAAUUUCAUCAAUCGUGCAUGUUCCAUACACUUCGAGUCUGAAUUAGUGCAAUUGGUGAGUCGUUUCGAAAAAGAGAAUAUAAAGUUGUACAUAUCUAUUUAUUUCAUUUUGAAAUGAGUUUUGUAUAAAUUUCUUGUUAGAAAAACAUGAA